CCCAAGCUCGCCGUGGAGGGGCGGAUCGGCGAGGGACUGUUAGCAAAGAUGGCGGUGGCGGCUGCCGUGGCGAGGGUCUGGGGAUCAAGUCGAGGCUUGGGCCGGGUUGGCCUUCUCCUCCUGCGGCGGCCAGGGGCUCGUGGGCUGGCUAGAUCACAUCCCCAGAGGCAGCAGCAGCACUUCUCAUCCCUGGAUGACAAGCCCCAGUUCCCAGGGGCCUCGGCGGAGUUUAUAGACAAGCUCGAGUUCAUCCAGCCCAAUGUCAUCUCUGGGAUCCCCAUCUACCGCGUCAUGGACCGGCAGGGCCAGAUCAUCAACCCCAGCGAGGAUCCCCACCUGCCCCAGGAGAAGGUGCUCAAGUUCUACAAGACCAUGACGCUGCUCAACACCAUGGACCGCAUCCUCUAUGAGUCCCAGAGACAGGGCCGGAUAUCCUUCUACAUGACCAACUAUGGUGAGGAGGGGACGCACGUGGGGAGUGCAGCAGCCCUGGACAGCACGGACCUGGUGUUUGGCCAGUACCGGGAGGCAGGCGUGCUCAUGUACCGGAACUACCCCCUGGAACUGUUCAUGGCCCAGUGCUACGGCAACGUGAGCGACCUGGGCAAGGGGCGCCAGAUGCCCGUCCACUAUGGCUGCAGGGAGCGCCAUUUCGUCACCAUCUCCUCUCCACUGGCCACGCAGAUCCCUCAGGCGGUGGGGGCAGCCUACGCGGCCAAGCGGGCCAACGCCAACAGGGUCAUCAUCUGUUACUUCGGAGAGGGCGCGGCCAGUGAGGGGGACGCCCACGCCGGCUUCAACUUCGCCGCCACCCUCGAGUGCCCCAUCAUCUUCUUCUGCCGGAACAACGGCUAUGCCAUCUCCACGCCCACCUCUGAGCAGUACCGCGGGGAUGGCAUUGCGGCUCGAGGCCCCGGAUACGGCAUCCUGUCCAUUCGCGUGGAUGGCAAUGAUGUGUUUGCUGUGUACAACGCCACCAAGGAGGCCCGGCGGCGGGCCGUGGCGGAGAACCAGCCCUUCCUCAUUGAGGCCAUGACCUACAGGAUCGGGCACCACAGCACCAGCGACGACAGCUCAGCGUACCGCUCGGUGGACGAGGUCAAUUACUGGGACAAGCAGGACCACCCCAUCUCCCGGCUGAGGCACUACCUGCAGAGCUGUGGCUGGUGGGACGAUGAGCAGGAGAAGGCCUGGAGGAAGCAGUCCCGCAAGAAGGUGAUGGAGGCCUUUGAGCAGGCCGAGCGGAAGCUGAAGCCCAGCCCCAGCCUGCUCUUCUCAGAUGUGUAUCAGGAGAUGCCUACCCAGCUCCGCAAGCAGCAGGAGUCUUUGGCCCGUCACCUCCAGGCCUAUGGGGAACACUACCCCCUGGAUCACUUCGAGAAGUGAGGCUACUUGGCCCAUCCCCACCUACGCCAACUCUGCCUCUGAGGGCAGAGGCGGCCAGGGCAGCACUUGGGGCGGCUCCUGCCUCUCCAUGCUGUUAACGUUGGUGGGGCCUUGGUCAGCCCCUUCUUCGCCUUUAGUUACAGGGUCUCCUCCCAGGGGCUGGGCAAGGGCACCUCCAGGACUGGAAGCCCCUCAGGGCUGGGGGUGGACGUGGCAGGUCAGCCUGUGGAACUUACUCAGAGUGAGAGGUGGUCAGCAGGUAGUGAAUAAACUAUGUCUCUGCA